GAGUCAGAGCUUUUCAGUGCAGGGCUCCUUAAAGCGAUGGCAUCUGCCCUCAACAGCAAAAUUCACCCUCCAGGAAACUGCGGGAGCUCUAAAGCGGAUGCCCGCGGAGGCUCGGGCUGGAAAAUGGACUGCGAUCCCGAGAUGCACGUGAAAAUGUGCAAGAAAAUCGCUCAGCUUACCAAGGUAAUUUAUGCCCUGAACACCCGCCAGGAUGAGGCAGAGGCCAGUGCAGAGUCUCUACGGGAAGCCCACCAGGAGGAGCUCCAGGAUGCAGUGGCUGAAACCAGGGCCAGGCUCCUGCAGGAACAGGGCUGCACCAGUGAAGAUGCUGAUGCCCUUCUGAAGCGCAUCCAGUCUCUGGAGAGCGCCCUGGAGCUGCAGAAGAGGCUAACACAGGAAGCCAUGGCUGAGUCGGCCUCCUGUAAGUUGGAGACCAAAGAGAGGGAGCUGCGGGUGGAGGCUGAGCAUGCUGAACGUGUCCUGAUACUUUCCAAGGAGAUGCUGGAGCUCAAGGCUGAUUAUGAGAAGAGGCUCCAGCUGCUGACUAGCCACGAGGGACCCCAGUGGGGCCAGCUAUCCCAGGAGAGCCCUGACGCCACAGCAGAGUCUGGCCCACGACCGGAGGAGAUGCACCAGGUCCUGCUCGAGGUGGAGCGACUGCGAGCCGAGAACCAGCAGCUGAGCCAGGAUUACGCGCGCAAGGCGGAGGAGCUACAAGCCACCUACGAGAGGGAAAAUGAGGCCAUCCGGCAGGCCAUGCAGCAGUCGGUCAGCGAGGCCCUGUGGCAGUGGCAGGAGAAAGAGUCAGGCCUUCGAAAGAACUUCCAAGUCCAGGAGUCCGCCCUGCAGGCUCAGGUCAGGAAGCUGGAAGGAGACCUCGAGCACAGAGGGCGCAAGAUAAGUGACCUCAAGAAGUAUGCCCAGAAACUGAAAGAAAGGAUCCAGGACCUGGACAUGCAGCUGAGGGAGGCUCGGCAGGAGAAUUCGGAGUUGAAGAGCACAGCAAGGAAACUUGGUGAGAAGUUGGCCAUUGCCAAAGACAGACUGAUGCUUCAGGAGUGUCAUGUGACACAGAAAACUGAUGACAUGAAGACAGAGAAUGAAGUGCUGGGGAAAACAAAUGACCCGGAAGCCUGCAGUCUCCAUCCUCAGCAGGAGCAAGGCUUGCCCAAGUUGUGCCACUGCUGUAAAGGCGGCUCAGAAACACAGACCAAGAACAAGGCAAGUGAUGAAAUGGAACGCAUGAAGCAACAAUAUGAAGAAGACCUCCGUUCAGUCAGGCGCCAGAGUGAGGAGCAGAAGCAGCAGCUCCGAGAGCAGCUGGCGAAGCGCCUGGAAGCCUUGGUGAAGAAGCACACUGUGGAGAUGAAGUCGGCGCGCUCGUCUGUGGAGCUGGAAAGGAAGAAGCUGAAGGAAGUAGAAGCUCAACUGGAGGAAGUGAAGACAAAAUCAGAAAGGGAAAUAAAACAGCUGGAAGAUGAGAAAGCUGCCCUCAGCGUGAGGCUUCAGAAUUCUCUCCUUGAGGAUCCAUGCUCAAAGCCAAAGGAACCUUCCCAGACACCUCCCAGAAAAGAGGACCCAGAGAAGUUUACAGAUGAAGAAGAAACCAGCAGUGAAGAAGAAGAUGAAGAAAGGACUGGAGAGCCACUCAAGGAAAGAAUUGACCUGCAGCCUCCAUCGGGCUCUGUGACGAAGGACAGGGCAGCGGAGACUGGACAUCAACCAGAGGACUGGCCAAGCCAAAAGACCAAUCUACAAAGCCAGGCUGCAGAGGAGGGCUUGAAGAAGGCAUCCAGUCACAGCCUCCAGAUCCCACAUCAGGCACACCUGAUGGAGCUCCAGGCCCUGGAGGAGAAGGCCAGACAAGAGCUGCAAGAGGAUUGCACGGAAGCCCAGCAGCCUCUGCUGCUUGAGUCCCUGAGGCAGGAGCUGACAGAGCAGCGGGCUGCCUGCUCAGAGCAUCAAAAGGCCCUGGAGAUACUACAGAAUGAGCUAAGAGCCCUGGGCCCCUCAGGGAAGCAGCAGGCCACCAAUCAGUGUUCAGGGGACAGCAUAGACCACACCUUUAUUGCAGAGGAUGUGGGUGUUCCAGGCCUUCCUAGUUCCCUGCCCUGUGCUGCAGAGAAAGGACUCCUACAGGAGAACGCGCAGCUCCAAGACACUGUACUGCGCCUGCGUGCAGAGGUGGAACAGCACCUGCAGGAGGCGCUGCAGCUGCGUGAGCAGCACCGCUUGUUGGAGGAGGACCAGAAGGCCCAGAGAGCCGUAGAGGUAGAGGCACUCCGCCAGGAGCACCGGAAGGAGAUGCAGGCCAUGGUGGCAGAUUUCAGUGGUGCCCAGGCCCGACUCCAGGCCCGGCUGGCUGCUCUGGAAGCUGAGCUAAAAGAUUCUGGGGAGAAGCCAGGAAAAGGAACUUCACGGCCUGAAGAUCUGCAGCUCAUCAGCCGCCUGCAGACACGCCUGAAGGAGCGAGAGGACAUCAUCAGGCAGCUCACGGAAGAGAGAAGAUUUCACUAUGCAGCCUUCCCCAGUGCAAUGUCCCAUCGGAAUCGGUCCUUCUCUUUCAGCCCUCACCCGGGAUACUUGACCCCUUCCAUGAAGAAAAAGAAGAUGGAAGAAGUGCCCAGCAGAGUGGUCAGCGUGCCAAACCUUGCCUCCUAUGCAAAGAACUUUCUGAGUGGAGACCUGAGCUCCAGGAUCAAUGCCCCUCCCAUAACUAAGUCACCCAGCCUGGACCCAAGCUCCAGCUGUGGCCAGCCUCACAAACCCACCCAGUUACUAGACGGGAAAACUGCCACAAGGGCACAAGAUGGGGAAUCAACCCAACCCAAAGAAGGCCCACAGAAGCAAGGCUCUCCACACCAGGAAUGGUUCACCAAGUACUUCUCAUUCUAAGCUGAUCUCUUCUGUCCCUUCCAAGGAGGACAUUAGAA